CCAAUCAGAGGCGAGGAGCAGGACACAGAGCGAGUAUAAAUAAAGCAGAGACGUACGCGAGCAGGACACGGCGGUUAGCGCGAGACUGAGUCUGUGUGGUCUUAUUCGUAUAGCAAAAUGGAGACGAAGCUGUUGGAGUUCAUGUGCAUUUUUGUGCUCCUGUGUUCCGGUUCUGGUUCUCCUACAGGAAAAGAGAAGCGCGUGCAAUAUGCCGCUUGGGAUGACGUCAACGUGCUCGCUCACGGCCUGCUGCAGCUCGGACAGAGUCUGAAAGAGCACGUGGACAAAACGAAGGGACAGAUGAGGGACAUCUCUAUUAAACUCCGAGUGUUUAACGGCAGCGUGAGCGAGCUCGCGGCACUGACGCGGCGUCUGCACGAGGAGGGCGAGGCUCUGAAGACUCGAGCGCAGAGUCUAGAAGAGCACGAUAACCAGAUCCUCAACAUGUCCUCCGACCUGCAGGAGAAAACCGGAGAGCUGCUGAGGGACAGGCAGAUCGCACACGACAGAAUCAGUAACCUGGAGAAGAAAGUGGACAACAUGGUGCAGAAAGAGAGGCACGCGCUCAAUCAUAGUGAGGCACGCGCCAUUCAGUUGCUGCUGGAGGCACAGAAUCAGCGAAUUGAUGAACUUGUGGAAAGAAUUAAACAGCAGCAGGAGAAACUGGACAAACAGAACAUACGUAUUCGAGCUCUACAGAAUCAAAUGCAAAUGAGUAAAGAGAGACCGACCCUGAGCACUGUUCGGACUGAACAACAGGACACACCACCUCAUCAUGGAGCAGUGUCAAACUGUCAUGACGUUUUCCUGCGAGGAGAAACUAGAAGUGGAGUUUACACUCUACAACCUCAUGAUUCAACACCUCUCCACGUCUACUGCGAAAUAACUGCUGACGGUGGCUGGACCGUUAUUCAGAGACGCCAUGAUGGAUCUGUGGAUUUUGAUAAGCUGUGGAACGAAUAUCAAAACGGAUUCGGAAACCUUGAUGGUGAGUUUUGGCUUGGUCUCGAGAAAAUGUACCAUGUGACAAAAGAUGAAGAAUUUAUUCUGAAGAUCCAAAUGUCUGACUGGCGAGAUGAACGUCAAAGCGUGCAGUACCGUUUCCAUCUCAAUGGGGAAGACAUGAAUUAUUCUCUUCAAAUUCUGGAAAGUCCUGAUGGGAAUCUGGAAAGUUCUUUAAGCACAGAGUCAUCCAGUCUUCCCUUUUCGACUCGUGACAGAGACAACGACCUAAAACACGACUUUAACUGCGCAAAACAUCUGUCUGGAGGCUGGUGGUUCAGUAACUGUGGCCGAUCAAACCUGAACGGCAGGUAUUUCAUCACACCUCCCAAACAGAGGCAUCAGAGGAAACAGGGAAUGUUCUGGAAGACCUGGCAUGGUCGAUAUUACUCUCUGAAGGCCACAGUGAUGAUGAUAUCACCUGUUCACUGAACUUUGGUGGUGUUUCAGAAUGCGUUGGUGCUCAAAAGAUCAGACAUGUCUCUAUUGGAUAAAUUUGUAAAGAUAAACUGCAUUAUGAAUCUGAGAGAAGCUUCAACCCACAAAGCCAAAAGAUCAGAUUCCAGUGUUUUGCCGACACCCGGUUCUGCGUGUCAGAACAAUUCUGUAGGAAUUUUAAAAUGCAGAAGAUCCCAAUAACCUACAGAAAGUUUCAAGUUAAUAUUCAGAGGUGGCUUAGUGAGAUUGUUUGUUUAAAAAAAAAAAAGAGCAAUGAAUUUAUGGACCAAACUGCAGAUAAUCCACUUUAAGCCUAUCAAAGGCAUUAUUUGAACUUGUGUUCCUGAAAAAAACUCUAAACUAAUUGUAAUUUUAUAAAUAUGUAAAAUGAGUUGUUCAGAGGAGUGUUCUUCAGCAAGUUAGAACCUGAACACAUUCCUGAGGACUGACGUUCAGUCACAUUGACUGGUGUUAAUAUUUUACUGCUGUUUUCACUUUAAACAUUGAAGUGUGUAUUUGUGCAAGUGUUGUAUAUUAAUUAUAUAUUAAUAUUAUGAUUACUUAUUUGUCUAACUGUCAUUGUAGUUGUGGUUAACAUUUGUUUCUUUUAAUUUAUGUUUGUAGUGUUUGGCCUUUUUUAUUAUUAUUAUUAUUAUAAUUUUUUUUUUUUUUUACUUGAAUUUUUGGUUUCAAAAGAACCAAAUAAACAAUCUUUCUUA